UAGUAUAUGUGUUUUUAAAUGAAAUAAACGUGUGAGAGACUGAGACGUGUCCUUAGCGAGUUAAAUACUGUGAUUGUUUACAACUCAUUUUUAAUUGCGAAAAGUUUCACGAAUAAUUAAGCUCGAUGUCUGGAAUAAUUGAUUAUUUUCGGAAUAUACCUCUACACAUUGAUUAUGAUGGCCAAGCUAGAGCUGAAAAAUUAUCCAGAAUAAUCAUUACUUUGUUUGGUGUUGUUGGUUUCAUAUGGGGAUACCUAAUACAACAAUUCUCGCAAACAAUGUACAUUCUUGGAGCUGGUUUUGUCAUGGCAGCAAUUAUUACUUUACCCCCCUGGCCAAUGUACAGGCAUAAGCCCUUGGAUUGGCAAAAACCUCAACAAUCUGAAGCUCCUAUCAAAACGAAAAAAAAGAAAUAAUACUGCACACAAGUGAUGAUUUGAAAACUCUUUGAAAUACAAAUUAAACAUCUUACUC